AUCAAUCUACAACAUGCACGUGGAGGUCAACUUCGUGAGGUGAUAGUUUAGAUCGGUAUGGAAUAAUAGAUAGAGGUAUGAAAGUCACAAAAAGGUAACAUAUAAAUCAGUACACUUGGAUGUUUAAUUUUGGCAAUUUGAAAUUUGUUGAUUGGAUAUCAAAGUGCUUAGGUAGAUAGAGUAUAUCUCUAUCAGGAUUCAGGGUAGGAGGCAAAAGAGAUGGGGGAAGAGAGUUCAAAACCCAAGAGUUCCUACACCAAAGACACAAUCAUCUCCAAGGAAUUAUCUGAGGAAGCAGCUACUUUGGUGGAUAGUCUCUUUACCCGUGUACGACUCGAUGGGGCCAACUUUCUAACCCAAUAUGAUGCUAAGGACUCCUUCUCUGAACUUACUCGCGGCUGCCUCAAGGUCCACACCAUCCACCCUGGCAAAGUCUCCUGCGUUUUGUCUGUCAAACCUUCCCUAUCGAAUCUUUAUAAUAGCAUGCAUGGAGGAGCUGUUGGAGCUGUCGCAGAGAAGGUGUCAAUUGCCUGUGCCAGAACUCUAGUGGGAAAGGAUAAGGAACUCUUUCUUGGAGAAUUGGGAAUGUCAUAUAUCUCUGCUGCUCCAAGCAAUGCAGAGGUGAGAGUAGAUGGGUCUGUCAUUCGGAGUGGAAGGAACCUAACUGUAGUUGCAGUUGAAUUUCGUCUCAAGGACUCAGGGAAAUUGGUCUACACCUCUAAUGCAACAUUCUAUCAUAUGCCCGUCGCAAGUUUAUAAACUCAAACUCUUAACACAUUAAGUUGAUACAUUUGCUAAACGCUUUCAGCAGACCCACCUAAUAUACAAUGGCAAAUCAUUGAUAUAGCAUCAGUAGAUGAAUUUGAGACUCAAGACUCUUAUCUUUAAUCACCAAAGCAAUACUUACAUCUCGAAUACACAAUUGAACUACUAUGAUUUAUUGAAAGAGAAUGAAGUGAAAAGUCAUGUACAUCAA